AUGGGGAAAGCUUCGGUGGAUAGCCAUCAAACACGGCUACCAUGGACACCGGAGGAGGACGCAAUCCUGAUCCAGAUGGUUGAGAAGAUAGGCGAGAAGCGCUGGCCGCUCAUCGCCGCCAAGCUGCCCGGCCGCACCGGGAAGGGGUGCAGCCACCGCUGGCGCACCUACCUGCGGCCGGAUGUGAAGCACCCCCACCUCGAGCCGUUCACUGAGUGGGAGGCCGCGGUCAUCGUGCAAGGGCAGAAGGAGCACGCGAACAACUGGCUGUACAUCGCCAAGCUGCUGCUGCCCGGACGCAGCAACACGGCCGUCAAGAACUAUUGGCACUGCCGUCUCAAGGCCGGCGUGGGCCUCAAAUCCAACUCCUUCCUGCAGAAGGCCCUGGGCCUGGACCAGCUGCUCAACGAUGUCCCCCAGGCCAUGCGCACGUUCCCCAUCGCGCAGCCGCCAUUCCCAUCCGUCGCACCCUCCAAAGUGAUGGCCCAGCGCAUUGACCCCAAAACCGGCCUGGCGCUACCCAGUGGCCCCCUGGCAAACAAAGGGUCCGGCACGUUCCACAUCAGCGUGGCGCAGGUCGGCAAGCCGAUGACUGGGCCGCCCCCGGGCCUGGCGGGCACUGACCUGAAGGCGGCAGCUUCCCAGUACGUGCAGCGCCACCUCGCCUCCCUCGGCGCCGGCUGCGCGCCCUCGGCGCCUGCGCCUGCGGCGGGCGCGUCGCAGCUGCCAGCGCCCAGCGCGGGCGCUGGGCGGGCGGGCGGGCCUGCGCGCCUGAGCUCGGCGGACGCCCCGCUGAUCCUGCCGCCUGGCGCACUUGCGGGCAGUGGCAGCGGCGGGGCAGGCGAUGACAGCGGGCUAAGCGCGGCGGCGUGCCACGAGCAGCCACACUGCGGCGGGGACGGCGGCCUGGGUGGCAUGGGCCCAUGCAUGGGGCUGCCGCUUGGCAUGGGCAUGGGCAUGGGUGUGGGAGUCGAUUUCUGCAACAGGCAGAGCUUGCCGCCCAUGUUUGGCAUCCCCGGGUUUGACAUGAGCGGCGGCGGCCCAGGCGUGAAGGGGGCGCCGGAGUCCCCGCGCCCCUGCAGCAGCGGCGCCGCGGACGACACGGCCGCGCACAGCCACGGCCGGGCCGCCCGCGGCGGCGCGGCGGCGCAGCUGGGCGGCUGGGAGGGUGGCGAGGGGUAUAUGGGGGACGAGGAGUGCUGUGAAGAGGAGAGGAUGAGCGAGGAUUUGGAGGACAUGCUGCAAAGCAUGCAGGAAGACGAAGAGGCAGCGGGGGGCGCCGCCGGCGAUCUGGACGCACGCGCCGGCGGCGGCGCCGCGCUGCUUGGCUUCAUGGACGACAGCACAGCCGCGGCCGCGGCGGCGCUCGCGCGCUGCUCGGGCCCGGCCGGGUCGCGGCACUCUUAUUCGUCUGCUGCGUCUGGGGUGCAGCUUGGCAGCGCCUGCGGCAGCCCUGCCGGGCCGGCAAGCGCCCCGAUCAGCCCCUCACGCAGCCCUGGAUCCUCGCCGCUGCUGCCGCAGCCGUUCUUUGCCGCCGGCGCAGGGCUGGGGCUGGGGCCGGCCGCGCCGCACCUCGGGCACGCGCCGGCGCACCACGUGCACCACCCGUCCCCGCUCAGCCGGGCGCGCGCGGUGUCGCCGUUUGCGGUCUGCCAAGGCGGCGGCGACGUGCUGGAGUAUGGGCGCGUCGGCAGCUGCCCCUCGUUGGGCGCGGCCGCUGCCGAGGGAGACGGCUGCCAUCAGCAGCCGCAGCUGCUGCAUGGCGGCAGCAGGCUGCGGCACCUGCUGCCCGCGCGGCCAGCAAGUGCGUCGCCGUCGCUGGGGGCGCGCACUGAGAGCUGGGAGCGGGAAGUCGAGGCGGUUGGCGGCGGUGGCGGCAAAGCGCUGGAGCAGUUGGCCGGGCAGCAGCAGCAGCAGCAGCAGCAGCAGCAGCAGCAGCAGCAGCAGCAGCAGCAGCAGCAGCAGCAGCAGCAGGCCGCGCAGCAGCAGCAGCGGCAGCAGCAGCAGCAGCAGCAGCAGGAAUGGCACCAGGACCUUGAGCAGCAGCAGCACCUGCACCGGCACCAGCAGCAGCAGCAGCAGCAGCAGCAGCAGCAGCAGCAGCAGCAGCAGCAGCAGCAGCAGCAGCAGCAGCACGUGAUUGCACAGCGCCAUGUCAGCGAGCACGGCCGCGUCUGCUCCUCGCCGGCCGCCCUCGACAGCGCCGGCGGCCCCGCCGCAGCGGCGCCCUCAGCCAUCGCCCACAGCAGCGGCGGCGGCAGCAGCGGCGGGCACCUGGGCGUCGACCCCGGCUGCGAGCCGAUCCACUUGCACCACCUCCGCAUCCGCCUGGCGGGCGUGGCCGCCAGCGCAGCGCAGCAGGCUGACGAGGCGGCCAACGGCGCGACCCCCGUGGCAAGCGCGAGCCCAAAUGUCGCGGGCCUGUGCAUGCUGGGGCUUGGCACGCCGAGCGGCACGCCGCAUCACGCGCAGCACGCGGCUCAGCGCCAGCAGCAGCUGGUGCCCGUGUCGGGCGGCGCGUUUGGCGGCGUGGCGGCCGCGGCAGCGCGCGCCUAUGCAGGCGUGCCAUCGGGCGUGCCAUCGGGCGGGCCGCAGCUGUUCCCUCGCCAGGUCAGCCUGGGGGUGCAGGACUCGCUGCCCUUUGAGUGGGAGCCGUUUGGCGGGGCUGCGUCCAUGGCGCGGCACAGCAAUGACGACGGCGGUGCGUUUGAGGCGCUCCUGCGGUGA